UGGCGACCGCGAGCUUGCAGCGUCCGCCUCCCAGUGCAGCCUUCCGCCGGCAUGGAAGCGGCUGCAGGCGGCUCAGCAGACGUGCUGUGGCUGCUGCUGGAGAGGUGCUGCUGGAGGUCAAGGACCUGGAGGCGAAAGUUGCAGCCACGGGCCAGCAGAUAUUGAAGGGGGUGUCGCUGGUGGUGAAGCAGGGCGAGGUGCACGCAGUCAUGGGAAAAAACGGGUCGGGCAAGAGCACGCUGUCAAAGGUCCUGGUGGGCCACCCUGACUAUGAGGUGACCGGCGGCAGUGCGGCGUACAAGGGCCAGGACCUAUUUGAGCUGGAACCGGAGCGGCGGUCGCACAUGGGCCUCUUCCUCAGCUUCCAGAGCCCCGUGGAGAUCCCGGGCGUGAGCAACAUCGACUUUCUGCGGAUAGCCACCAAUGCUCGGCGCAGCGCGAAUGGGGAGCCUGAGCUGGACCCGCUCGAGUUCUAUGCCCAUGUCAUGCCCAAGCUGGAGUCGCUCAACAUGGACCCCGCCUUCCUCAACCGCAACGUCAACGAGGGCUUCUCAGGUGGCGAGAAGAAGCGAAAUGAGAUUCUGCAGUUGGCCUGCCUUGAGGCAGACAUGGCGAUCCUGGAUGAGAUCGAUUCUGGCCUGGACAUUGACGCGCUGCGGGAUGUCUCCAAGGCGGUAAAUGGGCUGAAGGCGCAGCGACCAGACAUGGGCAUCCUGAUGGUCACGCACUACAAGCGGCUACUGGACUACAUCCGGCCCGAUCAAGUCCACAUCAUGCAGGAUGGGCGCAUUGUGACCACCGGCGACAUGGGGCUGGUGGACAAGCUGGAGCUCGAAGGCUACUCUGUCUUGCGCUCGUAGUGUUCACUCUCGUGCUUGUCGUUUGAGCCGAGGACAUAUGUGUUUUUCUGCUGAAGAAGUAUGAAUGGAGAGAAAGACUAA